ACCACUGACGGUAAUAAUACAUGUACAAGUUCUAAGAUCUGAAAUUCGGACGCUUUUCUCGAAAUGAAGACUCUGAUGAAGACACUUCUGUUUUUUACAGCAGUUAUUGUUGCUGCCAAUGCGUUUAGCUUGCUGGGGCUGACCGACUCGAUGAGCUUGUUCAACUACGGCCAGUGGUGCGGCAAGAGGAACACAGGACUCUUCCCAAAGAAUCGCACCCGCCUCGCCGUCUGCAAAUGCUCCGAUGGGGUGGAGACGUGCAGGAAAAAUGGGCCUCCCAUCGAUGGCCUGGAUGCCGCGUGUCUGCAGCAUGAUCUCUGCACUUACUGCACGAAAACGUCGAGAAAGUUCCACUGGUGCGAGUGCGAACGCGAACUGGUCAAGAAUGCCGUGAAAGCGAAAUGCUCGACUGCCGACUGCGUAAACUUCAGGAGCCGUGUGAUCAGUCUCUUCACUGUCAUUCCCUGUUACUGCAAACCCCUCGGGAUGUCGUGCAAGAAGUAUUGGCUGUUUGGUGACGCGGACUACUGCUUGAAGCAGAACUUUCAGGACUGUUAAUAACAAACCUCUAGGACUAGACGAUGUUCAAUAAAGUGUUUGUUGAUCGAGGGCAUAGCACUUUGCCAGCUGGUGUCUGUCGGCCACGUCACAUGUACACCAUGGUUUCGCAGUUACGUGAACCGGAAAUCACCACCUGGAAUUUGGCUGUCAAUCCACAGGCUUACGACUUUCACUACACGCAUAGUUUCGUCCUACGUAUCUCCACAUAAGCGUUUGAUGCCACUGGUAUUACUCAUAUGUAUGUUGUUAUUAAUGGACAACAGGUAAAAAAACGGCAAAAGCAUGAAAAGCUUGUGUGGAGAUAGGACUCCAUGCAGGAGCUAAUCUACAUACAUUUAUUGCUUGGAGCGUAACUUAAGUUCAAGGCUAAUUCUUACUGAAAGGGGUACGCCGUUCGUAAUUAGUGGUGGUCCAGGAAAAUAGAAAAGCAGUUGUGUACAAUGCCGUGAUGGAGUUAUCAUGCACACGAAUUUGCUAAAACUCGGUGCUUACCACAUUUUGAAAUUUUCAAUUAUGAACGAUGUAGGCCUUGAAUUCUAUAGGUUCAGAGACUGUUGAAUAGUACACCUCUCAGAACAACAACAUCUAGAAUAUAUAUUCUUGAUAAUUCAGUUUGUAGUCGAUCGGUGCAAUAGGAACAACAUAUACCAGAAUAGUAAAAGCAAGUUACUAAUUAAUGAAC